AGAAGAAGAAGUCCACUCUGUGUCAACAUAAGAGAUGAACAGCCAACGUUUAGCCGCUAAACUAUUUAACGGACGUUUGUCUUUCUUGCCUGUCUGAGUGAGCACAUCAGCCGCAGCAGAGAUGGAGACAUAAACCCCACUGAUGGAGAGGAAGAGCUCUGGGGAUGACGGCGCUGGAGAGCGAGGCCUGCUCCACACCUGGAAGGGCUACUCCUACAGCGUCACCCCAGAGAGGCUGCUCCUCCGCGGGCCGGUCCUUCAGGUGGCUCUGGGCACAUGGCAUGGUGUUCUGCUGGUGGAAGGAGGGCAGGUGUACAGUUUUGGGGAGUUGCCGUGGAAGCAGAGUCAUGUGCCCGAGCCGGCAAAACCCACCCUGGAGAGCGCGCUCAGUGGCCAGCUGGUGGUCGCUGUUGCAGCUGGAAGCUUCCACAGCGGGGCCAUGACAGAAGAUGGUGGCGUCCACAUGUGGGGGGACAACGCCGCGGGCCAGUGCGGCUUGUCGGGCCUCAGCACCGUCCCCAACCCGACUCCGGUCGCUCUGGUGGACACUGACACAACCCCUCCGCAGAUUGUCCCGGUGCUGGAGCUGGCUUGUGGGGAGCAGCACACUCUGGCGCUGUCGGCCCAGCGGGAGGUGUGGGCGUGGGGCAGCGGUUGUCAGCUGGGCCUCAACGUCGCCGUCUUCCCUGUCUGGAAACCACAAAAGGUGGAGCACUUGGCGGGCAGGUAUGUAUUACAGGUGGCCUGCGGGGCCUCACACAGCCUGGCUCUGGUGCGCUGCUUGGGCCCCCAGGACAUUCACCGGCCCCCGGUUGACAAAUGCAGACAGUGUAAUCAGCUGCUGUUCACCAUGACGGACAAAGAGGACCAUGUCAUCAUCUCUGACGCACACUACUGCCCCCUCAGUAUGGAGCUGACUGAGGAUGAGGUCAGGCUGCAGGCACCUGCUCUGACACAAGGCCUCAAAAUGUCUCCGUCUGAGCCGGUCCUCCCCUCCCAUACCUCCACCUCAAACUCCCCACCACCUACUAGAGGUGUUGACCCUACUCAGGACUCAGAGAAGAAAUCAGCCUUGGCCAACGGAGCGCUGACGGUCGCGGACUCUGGGCCCCCGGCUCAGUCUGGAGGCGGUGUCGUUUUGGGGGUCAAGAGUUCCCCGUAUCCAGAUGAGCAGGCCGUCAAAGACUAUCUAAAGAAACUGUCAGAGGCUGAGCAGAUGGAUAAAGCGACUGCUGGAGGAACGCACACUCUGCUGCCCUCAGCAGGAGCCCUGACCUCCUCCACGCUCAACAGCCUGGUGGCCUCCUGCGCCUCUGCAGUGGGCGAACGGGUCGCCUCCACCUACGAGGCCUUGUCCCUCAAAAAGAUGAUGAACUACCUGCCCUCAGGAGUGGCGAAGGCAGGCGGGCCGGCGGGGCUGACGAGUGUCGUUGGUGAUAACACAACGGAGCGUGUCCGCCUGGAAGACUCCAUGCAGGCUAAGAAGAGCUCCAGCACAGGGGACAUCCGCGGGGAAGAGGCGGAGGGUCUGCGGCGCCACCUCUCGCUACCAGGACUUCUCUCUCAGGGUAGAUACGCUGUUCACCUCUUAUCCACCUCCUAUACUCUGCUGCUGUCCCCGCGGCUGCUGAGGAAAGCCUGCCGCCCGUGGAUGCGUGCAGUGGCCCUCACUCCUCUGGGAGGGCCGGUCCCAGAGGUCCCGGAGGCCCAGGAGGUGUUUCCCACCCUGCAGACGGAGGUGUGGAGUUGGGGCCACGGCGAGCACGGACAGCUGGGACACGGAGACAGUCUGGCUAGAGUACAGCCGCUGUGCAUCAAGAGUCUGAACAGUAAGGAGGUGGUGCGUGUGGCGGCCGGCGCUCAUCAUUCCCUCGCUCUGACUGCUCAGUCUCAGGUGUUUUCUUGGGGAAGUAACAGCUUUGGUCAGCUUGGACACAUGGAGUCACCCAGCACUGUCCCCCGCCUCGCAAAGCUGUCGGAGGGGAUCCGGGUCUGGGACAUGAGUGCUGGAGAGAGACACACCCUCCUGCUCGCAGACGGAGACUGCUUCCGGCCCAUCAUUUAUUACAGCGGGCAGCAGGUCAAAGAGGAGGCGGAGGAGAUCCCCGCCAAGGAGCUGGGUCAACAGGAAGAAGAGGAGGAAGAGGAGCAGCAAGCGGGGAGCUACACCCAGCAGCCUGUACUGCUGCCCUUCUGCAUGGACCUUGGUUAUGUGAGCAACGUGUUUGCGGGCGGCCAGCGCUGCGUGGCUCUCUCCGAUAUGAACGUGAUGGGCUUCAUCGCCAGCCUCCACGAGCUGGCCUCAGCCGAGAGGAAGUUCUACUGCAAGAUGUGCAACAUCAAGACACAGAUAAUACGCCCCCUGCUGGAGAUGGAGGCUCUGAGUUCGGCCCUCGGCCAGACGGCCACCGGGCUCCUGCACACUUUGAUCGGCCGAUUCAGCCUCUUGUGUCACCUGACGGGGCAGCACGCCGCCAGCCUCACCGCCAACCUGCGGCGCGUUCGCGACAUCAACAGUCUGCUCAUCCUGGACAACGCCAGCAUCUUCCUCGACUCUUACACUGAGUACUGCAGCGCUGUGGGCAACUUCCAGGUGAUGGGAGGUUUCCAGACGCUGACCAAACCCUCACUAGAUUUCUUUGGGAAGAAUCCUGAGCUGCUCAUGAAGCUGUCGGAGUGCAGCGAGGAGAACCCCACCACGGCUGACCUGCUGGUGGCGCUCUUCUACCUCCCGACUCGCCACCUUCACGAAUACGGCCGGCUGCUGCUCAAACUGGUCACCUGCUUUGAAGUGUGCUCCAAUGACUACCAGAGGCUGCAGGACAGCUGCUCCAAGUUCGAGGCUUUGGUCCUCCAGCUGAAGAGAAAAAGGAAGGACGCCGACUACACCUUUCAUUUCUGGAAGAGCUUCCCCGGCAAAAUGACGGACUCUCUGCGGAAGCCUCAGCGCCGGCUGAUCUGCGAGAGCAGCAACAAAGCGCUGACGCUGCAGAACGCCGGGAGGUUCUCCGUCAACUGGUUCAUCGUUUUCAACGACGCUUUGGUUCACGCACAGGUCAGCUCCACACACACACACACACACACUUUUCAUCUCGUGCUUCAUAUUUCAGACACUUUAACUUGGUGUGUUUCAAGCGUCUGUAUGUGCUUGCCUCCGUGCUGUCAGGGCGUGGCGCCUUGUAAAAAUCUUUUCUCCACCCAUCAUGUCUUCCCCUUGGCCACGCUUUGGGUGGAGCCGAUCCCAGAGGAGAACACUGGCCUACAUGGAUUGAAGAUGAUCACACCAGAGGAGACGUUCACCCUGCUGGCCUCCUCUCCCAUGGAGAAGACCAAGUGGCUUCGCUCCAUCAACCAGGCGGUGGACCAGGCCCUGAGCGCGGCGGCGCAGGACAGCGCGUCAGUCGGCUCGGGUCAAAAGCUGGAGCCUCCCGUCUCCAGGACGGCCUCGUACACGUUUUAUAAGGACGGGCGGCUGAAACAGGCGAAGUACGAAGGAUGCUGGCUCGCCGGGAAGCCCAACGGCAGAGGCGUGUUAAAAUGGCCUGAUGGGAGAAUAUACACGGGGGCGUUCAAGAACGGGCUGGAAGACGGCUUUGGGGAAUUCUUGGCUCCCAAUAAGACGCUCAACAAGAACGAUCAGUACCUCGGCCACUGGAAAGACGGCAAGAUGCACGGCCUCGGGACAUACAGGUACGCCAGCGGUGAGGUUUACGACGGAUCCUUCCAGGACAGCAUGCGACACGGCCACGGCAUGCUGCGCAGCGGCAAGCUCAACACCUCCUCCCCCAGUGUCUUCAUCGGCCAGUGGCUGCAGGACAAGAAGACCGGCUACGGAGUCUUCGAUGAUAUCACAAAAGGGGAGAAGUACAUGGGCAUGUGGCAGGAUGACCUGCGGCAGGGCACCGCCGUCGUCGUCACUCAGUUUGGACUUUAUUAUGAAGGAGCCUUCAAAGAUAAUAAGAUGAUGGGAACUGGGAUCCUCCUGUCAGAGGACGACACCACGUACGAGGGGGAAUUCUCUGACGACUGGACCCUCAAUGGCAAGGGAACGCUCACAAUGGUAAACAGCGACUACCUGGAGGGCUCCUUCAAUGGCGAAUGGGGCUCGGGCCUCAAAGUGACGGGGUCCUACUUCAAACCACACCUGUUCGACGCCGACAAGGACAAGACCCACGCUGUGAAGCUGGGGCGUCUGUGUGUGUGCGCGGAGGACAAGUGGCAGGCGGUGUUCGAGGAGUGCUGGAGUCAGCUGGGCUGCGAGGAGGCGGGUCGAGGAGAGAACUGGAAGGCCUGGGAGAACAUCGCCGUGGCCCUCGCCACCAGCCGACAACACAUCCAGGACAGUCCGGAGAUGUCUCGAAGUCACAGCAGAACCCUGGAGAGUCUGGAGGUCAUCCCGCAGCACGAAGGACCGAUCACGAUGGAGAGAUAUCACAGCAUCCGCCUCUACCUCCUCAAGGCGUGUGACACCCCGCUCCACCUACUGGGCCGGCUGCUGGAAACCCUGGUGGCGGUCUACAGGAUGACCUACGUGGGCGUCGGAGCGAAUCGUCGGCUGCUGCCUCAGGCUGUCAACGAGAUCAAGUCUUACCUCAACCGCAUCUUCCAGAUUGUCCGGUUUCUUUUCCCAGACCUGCCAGAAGAGGGCGGUCUAAUUCCCGAGCCGACCACCAGCCUCCAGGACAAGAAGGAGCCAGGCUCGACCGAUGCCCCACUAGAGUCACCAAAACCUGGUCGUGUGGUGAGCAGCUCGGCUCUGCUGCUUCCCGUCCUGCUUCCUCGUCUCUACCCGCCGCUCUUCACCCUCUACGCGCUGGACAAGGAGAGAGAGGACGACGUCUACUGGGACUGUGUCCUCCGCCUCAACAAGCAGCCCGACCUGGCGUUGCUCGCCUUCCUGGGUGUUCAGCAAAAGUUUUGGCCAGUUUCCUUUCCCAUCUCCAUGCCUGCACUCGGGGAGAAGCAGCAGGUCCUCUCGAGCACCAAGGACGCCUGCUUCGCCUCUGCAGUGGAGACCCUCCAACAGAUCAGCACAACAUUCACACCGUCGGACAAGCUGCAGGUGAUCCAGCUCACUUUUGAGGAGAUCACGCAGGAGGUCCAGUCGCUGCUGAAGCAGGACUUCCUGUGGUCCAUGGACGACCUUUUCCCCGUCUUCCUCUACGUGGUGCUGCGCGCACGAAUCAGGAACUUGGGGUCAGAGGUGAGCCUGAUUGAAGACCUGAUGGACCCCUGCGUGCAGCACGGAGAGCAUGGAAUCAUGUUCACCACUCUAAAGGCUUGUUACUACCAGAUCCAGCAUGAGAAGAUCACUUAAGACGAGCGUGGCGUUACUUCCUGCGGUCCCAGCCUACUACCACAGCCAAUCAGAGGGCCAGGAUCAGCCAGGCUUCAGGAUGACUGAUGCGAGCAGCGGCCAAUGGGAAGCAGAGGAUCAUUUGUUGACAGCGCCAUCUGCUGUGGGACCUCCUCCUCCACACUCUUUCCCAUUUUAACGACCUCUACCAGGCUCUUAUCCACUGCUGAUGAAGGUACACAUGUGAAUAUUGUCCGUGUUUUCCUGCCAGAGAUGAGCCACUUCAUACCGUCCAGUUUAAACUGUCCACAGCUGAAAGACUUCUUGUGGGAAAUCCUAAUGUAUGAUACCUGGGACAAAAUUCAAGGUUCAUACUAGUGUUGUUUUUAGUGCCAAUGGGAGUGGUUUGUUCUCUGGUUUCUCUGCUCCCACUCAGCAUACUGUGAGACACCAAACCUCUUUUUCUUCCUGCAGAAGAAUCCGUUCUUUCUGCACGGAAAACAACCUUUUUAUCCUGCAGUGUUUCGGGUCAUUUCCGCCUCUUGUCAUUCACCUCACACCUACAUGAAGAAACGGACAUAACCAGGAAAUAAUCUCAUGAAAGCACGUCACUUUACGAGAUUGACCAACUUUUUAUUAUUUACCAUCCCUGUCAUCUGAGACGGCAGCAUAUUUAUUUAUAGUUUAUCAAGAGAAAAGACUUCAAGGAUGAGCACUGACUCGUUGGUGAACAAGCUCACAUCUGGUUCAUUUUCCCACCUCACAGCUGCUUUUCUUUGGGAACUCUUGGGGCUAGUUCACAGCGAUGUUUGACACUGUGUUAUAAAUGUAAACUGACUCUAAAUGAUACUUAUAUUCUCCUGUUACACCAGCUGGCAGCAGAAUAUAGUCAAACCCAGUUAGUGGCUAAAUUAGCCGGCUGUAACUUCUAAAGUUUACACGGACGUUUAGUUCCCCGGCUUUAACAGAAACUACGACGAAGGUAAAUCAUGAGGCCUUAAUGCAAAACCAGGCUGAGGAAAAGACAAUCUGACAGACAUGUGUUUGUUUGUGAGCCCAGUUUUUAGUGUAACACAUACUGACACAUCACUACUGUUCAGUAACAAUUAUGCAUCUCCAAAGUUGGUCAUUUGGGAUUUUUUUAAGAUAAACUGAAAAAGUAAGUGUUCCUUUUUUAUAAAAUGCAAAAUGAUCCUCAAGUUAAAUAAACCGUUGACAGUAAAUGCAAUGCCAGACGGCUGAUUUGGAGAUGCAUGUUUGAUACAUUUGUCUUUUUUUAACAGUGGGUUCCCCCUUCAGAGAUGAUCUUUGUAUUGUUGUGAAUAACACAGUGUUCAUUGCAUGCACCGUAUGAAGGUCUUACUACACCUGCUCACCUGUAAAAUAAUCAAUGCAGAAGGUAAAACGUGAGCCGGGCAGCCGGUUUAAUGUAAACUCUGUUUUUAUAGAUGUGAUGUUCAACGCUGAUUCUCUGCACCAUCUGUUAAAGCUAACUGUUCUUUUUUUAAAACCACUAGCUGUCAGACAGUGUCGCUUAUUUGUGAUUUGCGUCCCACAUGCCAGUUUAUAAAGGGCUUAAGAGAGGAUUCAGAGGAUGACCAAGCCUUUUUCUCUUUAUUUUAAUAUCACGGCUUUUGUUUCCUCCGAUGGUUUAACAAUAGAAAAGCCGGUGGAUCAGAAGCCUCUUUUAGCUGAGGCUGCUGUUUUUCCCUGCAGGACUUUUGGAAACCUAGCAUCAUAAAAUAGAUGUCAAACGGUUACAUUUAAUUGUAAAUGUUGGGUAAAGGUCGGGCGCAGUAAUAAUACAAACGAUUAUCAUAGGAGCUGUUGUGAAAUGCUGUGAAAGUCACCAGAUGUUAUCUGAGUGUAUGGGCUUUAAAAAUGAUCGUGAUGACGCUCUCCAGCCCCUCUUGUUACUGCUGAGACCGUAUGUGCCCGACACUCCAGGUAUCACAUUAUUUUAUCAACCAGAGACUUUAGGUUUCCUGCUGUUCUUUGACUUCCUGUUCAGUGUGUUGUGUUAACUCUGACAUUACCGUCUCACUAACCUUUCAGGUCGCUGCUGCUGCUUAAAACUAAAGGAAAAAGUAGGAUUUUCAACCAAAACUGACUUGCAAACCAAACACAGAACAGUAAAUGUAUUGUAACAGCUGUUCCUUAACUGACUCGCUGACAUGAAGUGGUAUUUUAAUUCCAAACUGAAGAUAAUAUUCAUAAGCUCAUGUUGGGUUCAUGUCCUCAACACGUUCACUCUGAAAACGCCUCACAUACACAUCGCAUUGUGUGUUAACGUGACUGUUUAUUGGUUCACAUUUUGUGUUUCAGCUGGCUGACAUGAGUCCCACAUGUCUUUUACAUGAUGUCAAAUGUAGUGUACCUUUAAAUGAUUACAGACGGCAAUAAACUCGUUUGAUGGACGUUGCUAACUAA